AUGACAGAAAAGAUACCGUCGCCGUCGACGCAGACCGCGAAUCCUAGUCAGAUCAUCUCCUCCGCAGGCAGCGUCGCUGUCGCACAAGAGGAGCCUCAGAAGGUCGAGCCGACCGUCGAGGAGGAGCCCUACACAAUCAAGUGUAUAUGCUCGUUUUCUGACGAUGAUGGAAACACGAUAUACUGCGAGACCUGCGAUUCCUGGCAGCAUAUCGAAUGCUACUACCCCGACAACGUCCAGGAGGCCUAUCGCGAUGACUUUGUCCACUCGUGUGUCGAGUGCAAGCCCCGACCUCUCGACAGGCAAAAGGCCUUCGAGCGACAAAAGGCCCGCCUCAGCAUGUCUAUAGUCGAGGAGGAGGCCGCUGACAAGAAACCCAAGAGGCCACCUUCCAAGAGUCACAAAAAGAAGCCAAAGCCGACAGACCUGCAGCUAAAUGGCCAUGUAGCCGGUGGUGACCAACCCAACAAAACCCACGCUUCGGGUGAUCACCCACCGCCAUCGAAAAAGGCCAAGAGUUCUCACAAGACGAAUCACUCCAUCAGCUCACAAGCCGCCAAAAGGAGCCCUUCCUAUGGCAAUGGUCGUACAGGCCAACAUGGUCAUCCCCCGAGCCCUGCCACCACACCCCCGGAUCUCCCCAGCGAUUUCGAGCUGCAUACGUACUCGUCGGGAUUUAUCUCAUCCUGCAGCGAGUCAGACGCGCAGAUUGUGCAUAGCAACUCCUUCGCCAACCUCAUGAUUUCCAACACGAUGUCCCUCUGGCUGCGCGAGCCCCAAAGAUUGCGGCAGGAGACGGGCCAGGACUACGACGACGUGUUCCAAAACCUCCCCUCAAAUAUCGACACACUCAAACGCCCGCUGCGCCUCGAGACGAAACAAUUACCACACGCUCCUGAAAUCCAAUGGAAACAUUUGACUGCACCGGCGACCAUCGAGAAGGAUAUUCCCUUGAUGGAGCUGAAUGGCCAAAUCGGUCUACAACGGGAUUACUGUGCCGACCCUUCCAAUCGGUGGGAGGAGAUGACCUCGCCGCUUCCCUUUGUCUUCUUCCAUCCCCUCCUACCCCUUUGCAUCGACACGAGACGAGAAGGCUCCGAGGCGCGCUACGUCCGUCGAAGCUGCAAGCCGAACGCUGUUCUGGACACGUUCCUCUCCGACGGCUCCGAAUAUCAUUUCUGGCUUGUCAGCGACCGUCGCAUCAAUGCCAAUGAACAGAUCACGAUACCCUGGGACUUCCGUUUUCCCAAAAAGGCCAAGUCAAGGAUGCUGCGGCUUCUUGGAUUAGGAGACGACGAGGCGACCGCUCACGAUGACCAGGAUGUUGACGAGACGGAAUAUCAUUCCAUUGCCACUUGGGUCUAUCUGAUACUGUCGGAAUAUGGCGGGUGUGCCUGCGACCUCGGACCCAACUGUGCAUUCGCGCGCUUCCAUCGGAACUACCAUGGCCGAACCCAACCUCGGGCGGAGAAGAAAAAGAAGUCUCGUAAGCCAAAGGCCCACACCAUUUCGCCUACGAGCACAGGCCACGCCACCAACAGCCGCGCCCCCAGCGAGGGUCAUCUCGAUGAAGGUGCCGAUAAUGAUGGUCGGUCGACACCCGGGGCCCGCAGCAAACCUCCUAGCCGAGACAGGACGCCCACUGCACGGCAAGGCUCCUUCGAUACUCUGGGCAUACUGACAGAACCCACCGACCGCGACAAGCGCAAGGUCGCCAUGGUUGAGGACUCGUUCCGUCGGAUGGAACAACAGCCGCCUGCCAAGAAAAAGAAGCGCGUUUCGGACGGUACGGGAACUUCCGGGGCUACGAAAUCCAGGAGUCGCAGCAUCAAUCAAGGUUCCAAUCCCCAAACGAAUGGUUCCUUGACUCGACAGUAUGUCGACGCGGGCACUUCAAGGAGCAAGUCUGGCUCGCCUGCCAGCGCUACCUUUCAGAGCAGUGCGCAUCCGUCUAGGCCUUCCAACGGCUUCAGAACCGGGUCGACGGCACCUACUUUUCGACACGCCUCAGUCGCGCCUCCUUCCAACUACUGCGAUGCCGCUGUGCAGACCGACCCUGUCGAGGGCGAGUGGUUCAGUGGCUCCCAGGAGAGCCCACGACCGAAACGAAGGAUCAUCUCGCUCUCUAAGCGACUUCUCGAAAGCCGACAUCGUUGCCGCCUAGACGACGAGGUCAGGCGCAAGCAGAGCCUGUCAAUUGCGUCUCAAUCGUCGCCGGUGAUCGCCAUGGAUAUCGACUCACCGACGGAGGACAAGAAGGUGCCCUUGGGAUCGCCGACGGAUACAAAGGAAGAAAACAAGGGCGCCGUACCUGUCGCCGGCACCGUCGACGUUGCUAUGACCGACGUCCCUUCCACAUCACCGCAAUUGAACCAAGCGCCCGUGAACGGAGUUAAUGGCGCUUUGACAAGUCCUGUCAAGUCGAGCAAGUCACCGGAUUUACGGGUUCAGAUGCCUCCCGUACCCGCCUUCGGGAGCCCGGCCUCCGCGACAACCACUCCUCUGACCGCCUCGUCGAUGAUACAAUCACCCUUCUCCACCACUCUGACCAGUCCCUUUGGCCUGUCGUCUGUCAAUGGCGUAGCUGCGAAUCCGAGUCCUGUCAAGAAGAAGAUGAGCCUGAGCGACUACACGAAGAGCAGGAAGGUCGCUGCUGCCCGGCCAUCUGUUGGCACGUCUCUGAAGCCGUCUGUUUCAAACGCGGACGAUCCAAAGUCGGCGGUUAGUGUGGAAGGUGUCACGACCGAGUCACCUACCAUUGAGAACGGCAUUGACGCGGCGCUGUCAGCGGCCGCUCCUCAAACGAACGGAUCUGUAUAA